AUACCAUGCCUAAACGAAGAAGGUUGUUAACGCCGAUGAAAAAGAAGCACAAACCAUCAAAUAGUAUUGAUCGAGAUUAUUGUGUGGAGGAAUCAACACCUCGUGGUCGACUCAAAGGCGCAUUAUUGUACGCUUUGGAGCCGGCUACUGAAGAGUCCGACGCUUCUCUCGACAAAACUCCUAUUAAACGAGAAAGUUUCAAGAGUCAAGAGUACAAAAAGGAGCGCAGAUAUUCCUCAGAAGAUGAUAAGCCACAGCGAAGGCGGUCACCUUUACGGCAGUCAUAUGUCCUCAAGCUCUUUGACCGUAGUGUCGAUCUCUCCCAGUUUGAAGAGAACUCGCCGCUGUACCCCAUCUGCAGGGCUUGGAUGGCCAAUCAACCUAAAAUUGAUUAUAGGGAGUUUGGCAAAUCCAAAUAUGAAGACCCACCAAAGUUAGAAGACAGUGUGGAAUUACCUGGACCAGAUGGUCCACCAGUCAGCAGGAUACCAGACUUACUGCCGGAACAAGAGAAAAGGAGCAAGGAUAAUAUAAAUUUGAACUAUCGAGAAGCUCCACCUCCAACCCGAGAGCAACUGCUGCAAAGUCACAUGGCGCGAUGGAAGCCUGUGCGGCUAGCUUGGCUCGAACAGGCAAGCAAGGUGGAAGCGCGAUACGAAGCUACACAACAGGUGCUUAACAAGAUUAAUGUCAAGUGAGUAUGAAGUUUCUUA